AAAAGGCAGUUGAGUGGCAGCUCGGAUACACGACCGCCAACCGCGCGUAACACUCUUUCAUAAAAAGUAACAGCUAUCCCGUCUAGGAUCAACAUCAAUCUACUGUUCAGCUGGCGAAACCUGACUGUUGAUAAUCCUCGUAUUUUGGAAGUGCAAAAGGCGGUCAAGCGUUUGGUUGAAAGCGAAUAAAUAAAAGCUACGUGAGACGACAUCUUGGCUUGUUUGUCGAGGGAAGGCAAACUGAGAGGUUCUUAUGGAAGGUAGUGAUAGACUUAUGCACACUCCAGUUUCGCUUGCCGUGAAUUCUGUAUCUAUGAUGCAUGGCCAACAAGCAGGACACGAGAUAAAGCAAGGAGAAGASAUCGAUGGACGAAAGCAAAAUAUCGGUGAUAUAUUGCAACAAAUCAUGAGCAUCACCGACCAGUCGUUAGACGAAGCUCAAGCCAAGAAGCAUGCUUUGAACUGCCAUCGUUUGAAACCCGCCCUGUUCAACGUUCUCUGUGAGAUCAAGGAAAAAACAGUUUUGAGUAUUCGUGGAACACAAGAAGAUGARCCACCAGAUCCACAGCUCAUGCGACUCGAUAACAUGCUUCUUGCCGAGGGCGUGGCAGGACCUGAGAAAGGAGGAGCUGCCGCUGCUGCGGCCGCAGCAGGAGUGCAUGAAAACCAAGCAGAACACUCUGAAUAUCGAAACAAACUCAACCAGAUCAGACAGAUMUAYCACACAGAACUUGAAAAAUAUGAACAGGCAUGCAGAGAGUUCACCACGCAUGUYAUGAACCUAUUGAAUGAGCAAUCUCGCACAAGACCCAUUACACAAAAGGAAAUUGAAAGGAUGGUGGGAAUUAUUCAUCGCAAGUUUAGUGCAAUACAGAUGCAACUGAAACAAAGUACUUGUGAAGCUGUCAUGAUAUUGAGAUCAAGAUUUUUAGAUGCAAGGAGAAAGAGAAGAAACUUCAGCAAACAAGCAACAGAAAUUUUAAAUGAAUAUUUUUAUUCRCAUCUGAGUAAUCCAUACCCAAGUGAAGAAGCGAAAGAAGAACUUGCAAGAAAAUGCAGUUGCUCAGGGGGGACCUAGACCACCCAGUCAGGGGGGACAAUCACAACCAACAGGAAAUGGGCCUACUGCUGGAGCUGGAAACCAACCAUCUACUCCAGGUGCUUUUCCAAUGGGAAAUCCUGGUAUGUCACCAACGUCUCAGCCACAAAUGUCCAUGGCCUCCCAACAGCCUGGUGAGAUGUACAUCGCAGGGGUUCAAAUGAAUGGUGGUAUGGGWUCAGAAUACCAAGGCGGACAGACAGUUGGUGCUAACGUACAGUCACAGGUACCUGGUCUGCGUCAUGUCAUGUCACAGGCAUCCGCUUAUGAUCCCAGUGGGGGGCACAUGCAGGGACAGCAACAGAUGUAUCACGACCCCCAUCACUUGCAUCAGGGUGGAGGACAAGGAGGCAACAAAGGCACCCCUGAAGAGGGAGAGUCUUAGCUACACUGAACAGAGACAUUUUGAUCUAUGAAGACCAACGAUGAUGGCCAGUGUCAACCACCCUGCUCUCAAUUAGUUGAACAAACUUGAAAGCAACAUCCAUUCACUCCAUGGGUACUAUUAAUAUAACUAAUGCGUCAUGUACCUGUGAAACAGCAGCCAGCAAAAAAAUUAUAAGGAAAAUAUAGAGUAUUUUGAUUAUUUGAUUUUUAGGUGAUUAUAAAGUAAUAUACUUGCUUUAUUUGUUCAAAGUGGAAAAGUUGGGUUCUGAUUGUCUUAGUUUGCAUCAUUUAAACCUUUUUUAUGGUUUCAAUUAAACCUGUUUGUGACUGCAAUAAACCUGUUUAUCCUGCAGUAAACCUGUUUAUCCUGCAGUAAACCAGUUUAUUUGAUUUUAUUUAUAGCAAUAUUUCAUAGUUUAACAUUCUUCCCUGGAAAUGUUUGAUGAUGAGAUAUGGGAAAUGAUAUAGGUUUGGCCUCAGAAAACCGAGGAAAAAAAUAAACAUCCUUCUUUCGCUGGCAAUAGCAACCAAUAAUCAGACAAAGCAAAUCUCAGGAAAAAUAAACUAUCUAUUGCAUCCAUUUACAGUGUGAUUUGAUCAAAAAAUCAUGAGGCUUUGUAAUAUUUUUUCUGUCCAGGUUGUUAGACUACUUUAUAACCUAAUGUAGCCAUUUUGUGAUUUUCAGAAAGCAAAACUAUUAUAUUAUUAUAAUCUAUUGAGCUUAAUGAAUUGUUUUGACCCAAAUACCACAUUCAAAGAAGCAAUACUAUUCUAUAGAUUUAUUUGAAUAUUUUAUAAGCUAAUGUAAUUUAAUGAAAAGUAGUGCAUUAUAAAUAAGAAAUUCAUCUGCUAAAUACAAUAAAUAGAUAUUUUAAUAAAUUUACAUGAAAAUG